AUGACAUCACUUAUCCUCCGACCGAGCCGCCAAAUCCACAGUCUUGUCGCUCGCAGACUGCCUCACUCCUUCUCUACCUCCUCCUCCUCCUCUUCUUCCGCCCUUCCCCGUCGGUUCUCGUCUUCUACCGCCGGCGCCCAGGCUGAGACGCAGGACUUGCCUACCGGCCAGACUGCCGACGCCUCCUCAUCCGACCCGACUAGCACUCAAAAUAAAAAGACCCUGACCGUCGAAGAUCAGUUGGCUCAGAAGGACGCACAACUCAACGAAUAUAAGGAUCUGUACAUCCGAGCCCGGGCAGAUUUCGAGAACCUACAGAAGAUCACGAGUCGAGAGAAGGCGCAAGCGAAGGAGUAUGCGAUCCAAGGCUUUGCGCGCGACCUGGUGUCGAACAUCGAUGUGCUACAGCUCGCCCUGAACUCUGUUCCGGAGCCGCUCCGAACGGUUCAGGAAGAUGCGACAACAACAACAAGCACCACCGAAGGCGCGCCCGAGAGCCGGAAACAUCUGGCCGAUCUCUGGGCCGGCGUCCAGAGCACCAAGAGUCUGCUCGAGAAAACCCUCGCUCUCUACGGCGUCACCCCGUUCAAUCCCGUCGGCCAACAGUUCGACCCCAACAGACAUGAGGCUAUGUAUCAGGCUCAGGUGCCCGGUAAGGAACCUAACUCGGUCCUCAACUGCUCAAAGGUCGGUUGGAUGCUCCGUGAUCGGGUCCUACGGCCGGCUCAAGUCGGCGUCGUCCAAGGCUCUGACUCAUCCUAA